GCGAAAGAUCGGGGCCAGUUACCAGAGCGAUGGCGUCUGGCUUCGGUGUUUUGUCUCGGUGUCUCUAGCCAGAUGGUGGGAUGGCAAGUUUCAUAUACGAUAUUUCUUUCACGAUCGUACGCAGUGGGUAACAAACACAGGAAAGACAUCAAAUACAAGUGGAUUACAAUUCUGUAAAUGAUUCUGACAAAGGUUGAUGAACAUAAGAAUGCUAGAACCUGUGCAUUGCCUACCGUAUGAGAAAUACUGAUAGAUUUUCCGUCCUCAGUGUGUGACAAUUCAACGUUUCGCGUGUGAACAAAAAUGACGACCAAGUUUGGCAAGAUUAUGGUGAUGCUGACCUGCGGGGGGAUGCUGGGCGUCGCGACGCCUGCAGACACAUUCAAGCUGCUGAUCGUUCACACGAACGACAUGCACUCUCGGUUCGAUCAAGCCAGCAAAUCUUCGGGAGUCUGCUCGAAGGAAGAGGCCGAUAAGAACCAGUGUUACGGGGGCUUCGCCCGCGUGUCUACGGCCGUGACUCUCGCCCGCGAGAGGAGUUCGAAGGCAGAGACAAAGUCGCUGUUCCUUAUAGCCGGCGACAUCUACCAAGGGACAAACAUGUACACCUUCUACAAGUGGCCGAUUGUUUCAAGAAUGACGAACAUGCUGAAACCUGAUGCAAUGUCACUUGGAAACCACGAAUUUGAUGACGGCGUCAACGGAUUGGUGCCUUUUAUCGACAACGCCACAUUUCCCAUCCUGGCAUCGAACCUGGAUCUUAGCAAGCAACCAGACUUAAACAGGCCAAACCUUAAAAAGUCAGUUGUCUUUGAUCUUGGCGGAGUUAAAGUGGCCGUCAUCGGGUAUGUCACUCCCGAAACAAAGUUGAUAUCUCAGGCAGAGCAGGUCGAGUUUCUGGAAGAAGUGCAGAGCAUCAAGUCGGAAGUGGGUCGCCUCAAAGCGACGGAUCCCAACCUCAGAAUCUUCAUUGCCCUCGGACAUUCUGGCUUUGAAAUGGACCAGAAGAUCGCCGCUGAUGUGCCCGACAUCGAUGUAGUAGUGGGGGGACACACCAACACCUUCCUCUACAGCGGUAAUAAACCAGACAGUGAGGAUCCUGAAGGUAUCUACCCAACAUUCGUGACACAGACGUCGGGGCGCCGGGUUCCCGUGGUACAAGCUUAUGCCUACACAAAAUACUUGGGUCAGUUGAACCUUGAGUUCAAUUCUCUGGGAGAAAUCACAAACGCAGUUGGAAAUCCAUUACUCCUCGAUCAUAACACAGAGCAAGAUCCCUCUGUGGUCGAGGAACUAAAUAAGUGGAAAAAGAACACGACAUUAUUAGAAAGGGUAGAGAUCGGAAAAACCAAAGUUGUACUAGACGGAGACACUGUACACUGUCGUGUGAUGGAGUGCAACCUCGGGAAUUUCAUAGCAGAUGCCUUUAUGGACUAUAUGGCUCGUUUGCAUAGGCUGAAUCACAGAAAGGGCUGGACUGACACUCCAAUUGCAAUUCAAAAUAGCGGUUCAAUUCGUGCGUCUAUUGAUGCUCGCGGCAAUGAUGGCAAAGUGACAAUGGGAGAUCUCGUGGCCGUACUUCCAUUUGUUAACAACAUGGUACGGAUGAGCCUGAAUGGGUCUGACAUCUUGGAUAUGCUGGAGUGGAGUGUGUAUGAUUAUAACGCACAUGAACAUAAGGGCAAGUUUCUUCAGUAUUCAGGUUUGAGAGUGGAAUAUGACUUAAACAAACCAAAUGGGAAACGUGUUACAAAAGCCCUUGCAAAAAGAUCUUAUAAUGUUAUCAUGACAGUUUUUCUUGCCAGUGGUGGAGAUGGCUUUACGAUGCUGAAGAAUAACUAUAGAAGGCAACAAGUUAUGGAUGUAACUGACAUAGACAUGGUGAAAGAUUUUUUCAUUCGAAGAAGUCCAGUGUAUCCUGGAGUGGAGGGAAGAACACAAUUUGUAAAUAAUAUAAAGUCUGCAGCAUCAAAAAUCAGAUCCUUCAUAAUACUACCCUUACUUGCUUCCCUAGUCACUGCCAUAAGUGCAAUAUAAGGGAAAAGUGAGAGUUCUAAGAACAUCAUCUAGUAUGUUAACUGCAUCAGCUGUAAUGACUCUAGAAAUGCUGGACAAGGUUAUGGAGAUAAUUCACUUCAUUUGCUACCGUUGGGCCUUAGUUGUGAGUCUUAUGGGCAUAAAAUAUUCAACAUAUCAUGCAACUAUAAACAAGUUUGAGGAAAUUUGAUCAGAUUCACAUUUAUCAAAAUGUUUACAGUAGCCAUGAAUGUUCAGUCAAUAAAGUAACUGGCUACAGAUAAAUAAAUGAGAUCUGAUUUGAAGGA